AUGAAUUGCUCUAUCAUAGUUUGCCCAUACUGCACAAUAAGUGUAGGCUUCCUAAGUUGUUGUACUUGUCAUAAAAAAUUUGAUCUGGUUAUAUGCAAUGGAUUAUCAGUGAAUUGUCCUCUGUGUAUAAAUGUAAAAUUAACUUUCUAUUAUUCAAGUGCAAAUUAGAUACUUUCUAUUAAAGUGAUGAAGAUGUUCAAAUACAUUCAUAAUGCCAUAGAAAUUCAAAACGUAUGUUUUAUCACUGUUAAUGUUGCAAUGGUUAUUUUUGCAAGUGUGUGUAAGAUUUUAAAUUAUUUUAAGAGAACAGUAAUUGAAAAAAUAAAUAAUUUUAAAUCCAAACCCAUUUUAUAAAAACAAAUAAUGUUCCAAAGUUUGA